AACAACAAGCUGGGAACUGUGGGAGCUGAGUCACUGCAGGGAGUGAACGAGAGAGGGAGGAGCAGAGAUCUGGUUCUGUUCAGAGGAAGUGAAUCUGUUCUUCAGUCUCUGGCAGCAGCUGAAAUGGCGCAGCAAGAAGUUCACCUGGACAGAGAAAGAUUCUGCUGUUCCAUCUGUGUGGAUCUACUGAAGGAUCCGGUGACUACUGUCUGUGGACACAGCUACUGUAAGAGCUGUAUUAACACCCACUGGGACAAAGGGGAGGAGAGAGGAAGCUACAGCUGUCCUCAGUGUAGACAGACCUUCACACCGAGGCCUGUCCUGGUGAGAAACACCAUGUUAGCUGAUUCACUGGAGGAGCUGAAGAAGACUGGACUCCAAGCUGCUCCUGCUGAUCACUGCUAUGCUGGACCUGAAGAUGUGGCCUGUGAUGUCUGCACUGGGAGAAAACUGAAAGCUCUCAAGUCCUGUUUGAAUUGUUUGGCCUCUUAUUGUGAAAAACACCUCCAGCCUCAUCUUCAGGCAGCUCCAUUGAAGAAGCACAAGCUGGUGGAGCCCUCGGAGAAGCUCCAGGAGAACAUCUGCUCUCGUCACGACGAGGUGAUGAAGAUGUUCUGCCGCACUGAUCAGCAGUGUAUCUGUUAUCUCUGCUCUGUGGAUGAACAUAAAGACCACGACACAGUGUCAGCUGCAGCAGAAAGGACUGAGAGGCAGAGAGAGCUCGGGCUGAGGAGACAAACCAUCCAGCAGAGAGUCCAGGACACAGAGAAAGACCUGAAGCUGCUUCAACAGGAGGAGGAGGCCCUCAAUGGCUCUGCUGAUAAAGCAGUGAAGGACAGUCGAGUCAGAGAGCUUCAGGAGAGACUGGAGCAGGAGAUCACUGAGCUGAAGAGGAAAGACCAGGAACUGAAGCAGCUCUCAGACACAGAGGAUCACAACCAGUUUCUACACAACUACCCCUCACUGUCACCACUCAGUGGAUCUACACACUCAUCCAGCAUCAGGAUCCGUCCUCUGAGGGACUUUGAGGACGUGACAGCAGCUGUGUCCCAGGUCAGAGGUCGACUACAGGACAUUCUGAGUGAGACAGGUACAGAGAUUUUACAGAUUGUGUCUCAAGUGGAUGUUUUACUGCCACAACCAGAGCCAGAGACCAGAGCUGACUUCUUAAGAUAUUCACAGGAAAUCACACUGGAUCCAAACACAGCACACAAACGUCUGUUAUUAUCUGAGGGAAACAGAAAAGUAACAUACAUGAGUGAAGAUCAGUCUUAUUCUGAUCAUCCAGACAGAUUCACUGAUUGGUGUCAGGUCCUGAGUAGAGAGAGUCUGACUGGACGUUGUUACUGGGAGGUGGAGGUGAAGGUGAGAGGAGAAGUUCGUGUAGCAGUCACAUACAAGAAUAUCAGCAGAGCAGGAGGCUCACGUGAAUGUGGCUUUGGAUUCAAUGAUAAAUCUUGGUCAUUAUAUUGUAAUGGAAACAGUUAUAUCUUUCGUUACAACAGCAUCAGGACUCCAGUGUCAGGUCCUGAGUCCUCCAGAGUAGGAGUGUACCUGGAUCACAGUGCAGGUGUUCUGUCCUUCUACAGCGUCUCUGACACCAUGACUCUCCUCCACAGAGUCCAGACCACAUUCACUCAGCCUCUCUAUGCUGGAGUUUGGGUUUAUUGUUCUGGAUCCACAGCUGAGUUCUGUAAACUCAAAUAGACUCGAGUCAUUAAAGCAGUGAUUUAGAUUGUGUGUGUUAAUCUUUAACUUCUUUUGUCUCCAUGUUUGUUGAUCAAAGUUCUUCGUGGUGACGUUUCUGCUCCGCACAGAGAUCAGCUGUCAAUCAAACACUGACCUUCCUUUAUCACACAUAUUCAGUUCUCACUGUGUAAAGACACAAAUCUAUAAUUACACUGACAUGAAUGUGUUUGAAAGAACUGAUGUUGCUGUUGUUUUCUAAAUCAAUGUAGAAAUCAGGUUGUGUGAUGUUUUAGAACCUGUGUUGAUCCUGAUCCUCAUCAAUGAGCUGAUUGUUUGUUCUUUUCUGUUACACAUGUGAGUUGGAGAUGAAACAAACUGGUUGUGUUUCCAUGAAAUCACUGAACAAGAGUCACUGGAGCUGAAACUCCACAAACCUCAUGUGCAUGUUCAGUCUCUGUCUUUUCACAGAAAUACUCAAGUUCUAAUAAAAGUUCUCUUUUAAAAUCACAAA